AAUUGGCCAAACAAUACAUAGAAUCUGUUUCUUAUAAAGGACUUAAUAUAGAAUACAUCCAUGAUAAAAUUUAUAAUUUGGUAGAUUCAAAUAAAAUUAAACAACCAUAUAACAAAUUUGAGAAAAAACAUUUUGAGAAAUCUGGGAUAUCCGAGAAAUUUAAAAAAAUUCUGCCUAAAUAUAAAAUUGAAUGGAUUCCAUUUCAUAGAUUAUCUAACAUCGAAAUUAUAGGAAAAGGUGGUUUCAGCACUGUGUACAGAGCAAUAUUGUUGGAUAGUAAACAUGAUAAACAGCAUGAUGAUUAUGAAUCUGGUGAUUAUAGUGAUGUCGAUUAUGAAUCUGUUGGUUUUAAUGAUGUCAAUUAUGAUAAUAUACAUGAAUCAUCUAAUAUUGUCACUCUCAAGACUAUUGACAAAUUAAAAUAUUAA